AUGACAUUCCAGUCUUGUACGGAAUACGCCUACUUAUCAACAGACGACUUCGACCAUCCGGCUGAGAUGAGUUCGACAAACCCCGUGGACUACAGUGACAAUCUCCCUUCGUGCCGGCUCCAGGACACGGAGCUACCUUCCUGCGCCUUCGCGCCAUCCAACCAACCCAGGCAAGACUGCUAUUACACCGGAACCGGGGAUUCCUACCCUCUAGACUCUCCCCCAAGACACGACUGUUGUUACGCCGGUUCGGACGUCGUCGGGCCGUACAGGGUGGAACGAUUUGCCGCCAAUAUUCGCGAGCGGAAGCGGAUGAUGAGCAUAAACUCGGCGUUUGAGGAGUUACGUCUGCACGUGCCCACGUUCCCGUACGAAAAGCGGCUCUCUAAAAUCGACACCCUACGGCUCGCUAUAGCUUACAUUGCUUUACUUAGAGAUGUGCUAAUGGCGCGGGCAGACCCACUCGAUUUCGUGGAAUCCUGUCUGAGGAAAGGAAGCGCGGGCGAUAAUGAAGCAAUAUGGAACACAAGUGAUCUCACAGCUCGUCUCUCCUGGGUCAAGUGGGAAAGUCUUGGAGUUCGUCGUCGACCCUUUCUAGCGUCCUUCCCCAAUCAGUCAACACCAACCCCUAAAGAUAACGAGACCUGCCCUCACUAG